GGUGUCCCUUGUCACAUGGCGGCUUUAGCCGGGUGCAGCAUUUCUUAGUGGAUCAGGUCACUUAGCAAUCGAAAGGUGCUGGUGCUGCAACUUUUUCUGUCGCCCCUCACCAGAAUAUGUCGUUGACCAACACAAAGACGGGCUUCUCUGUUAAGGACAUUUUGGACCUUCCGGACACCAAUGACGAAGAGGGAUCUAUCACCGGGGCGGAGGAGGACACGGAGGGCUCGGAGAGCACGUCCACGACGAAAAGCACUGGCGUUUUGGUGAAAAGUCCCCUGGAAAACGUGCAGAACCUGCCUUUAAAGAACCCAUUUUAUGACACUAGUGACAAUCCGUACACGCGAUGGCUCGCCACCACGGACAGUAUUCAGUAUUCAUUGUUCCUCCCGUUUCUCGCCGCCGCCGCCGCCGCCGCAGUGCACGGCCUCUCCGCCGGCUCCCAGGACUCGGCCAAAUCCCCGGAGCCGUCCGCGGACGACGAGUCGCCGGACAACGACAAGGAGACGUCCAGCAGCGGGGGCAGCGACUCCGGCAAGAAGCGCAAGCGGCGGGUGCUGUUCUCCAAGGCGCAGACGUACGAGCUGGAGCGUCGCUUCCGACAGCAGCGGUACCUGUCGGCCCCGGAGAGGGAGCACCUGGCCAGCCUGAUCCGCCUCACCCCGACCCAAGUGAAGAUCUGGUUCCAGAACCACCGGUACAAGAUGAAGCGAGCCCGGGCUGAGAAAGGUAUGGAAGUGUGCCACCUCCCGUCUCCCAGGCGAGUGGCCGUGCCCGUCUUAGUGAGGGACGGGAAGCCUUGUCACACCCUUAAAGCUCAGGACUUGGCGGCCACUUUUCAGGCCGGGAUCCCCUUCGCGGCGUACGGCGCGCAGUCGCUGCAGCACAUGCAGUACAACGCGCAGUACGGCGCCGCGGCCACGCCGCACUUCCCCGCGGCGCACCACUUGGUGCAAACGCAACAGUGGACUUGGUAA